AUGUCUUCCUCAGCAUCCGCCACGGCCUCCCUCAGGGAAAAGUCCGACAACAACCAUCUAACAAGCAGCACAGGAAGCGACUCCGACUCCACCAAAGUCGAAGCUGGCCUUCCCAACCCCAACACCACAGACCCAACACCACCACCCCGCGACAUCCACGGCUUCAAGUGGAUCUCGGUCGUCAUCGCAAUCUUAUCCUCCAUCUUCCUCUACUCCCUCGACAACACAGUAGUAGCAGACAUCACCCCCGCCGCCGUCAACGCCUUCGGCGACAGCCUCAAACUCCCUUGGCUUUCCGUCGGCUUCUUACUCGGUGGCGUAAGCGUUGUCCUGCCCUUUGGAAAACUUUACAGCCUCUUCGACGCAAAAUGGCUGUACAUCUUCUCCACCGUCCUCUUCAACAUCGGAUCUGCCAUCUGCGGAGCGGCACCGUCGAUGGACGCGCUGAUUGUGGGGAGGGUGUUGGCUGGUAUGGGCGGUAACGGGAUGUACCUCGGGACGAUGAACCUGUUGAGUGCGACAACCACCAACAUGGAAAGACCUGCAUAUCUCAGCUUCGUGGGCUUGGUUUGGGGAGUCGGUACCGUGCUCGGGCCUGUGGUGGGCGGCGCGUUCGUGGAGAGCCCGGCAACGUGGAGGUGGGCUUUCUACAUCAACUUGUGCAUUGCCGGUUUGUUCGCACCGGUGUAUCUGUUUUGGAUUCCAUCGUACAAGCCCCAGCUACGGGAGACCUCGAGCCGGCAGCUGGUCAAGAAAUUCGAUUUUGGAGGGACGUUGUUGAGCGUGGCGGCGAUUACGACUUUGGUUAUGGCAGUCAAUCUGGGUGGUGCCCUGUACGAGUGGAAUAGCGGCAACAUCAUCGCGUUGUUCGUGGUAUCCUUUGUGUUGUUUGGAGCAUUUGGCGUGCAGCAAAGCUGGAACUUUGGACUAAGGGAUAAGGGCGACAAGAUCUUCCCAACGCACUUUUUGAGAAGGUGGAAUCUGUUCACCCGGGGAGACAGCCCGACCGAAGCAGCUGUCAGGCUAUUGCCUCUCAUCUUCACCUUGAGUGCGGCUAUUUUGAUCAAUGGACACCUGAUGGUGAGAUGGGUAUAUUUCCAACCUUGGUAUAUUACCGGCAGUAUCUUAGCGCUUGUGGGAGGCGUGCUGUUAUCAAGGAUAGAAGCCAGUACGCCAGAGUCUCACCUUUACGGCUUUGAGGUCCUGAUUGGCCUUGGAACCGGUGCCUUUGCCCAGGCGGGAUAUGCUGUCAUCCAGACUUUAGUACCUCCUGAGGAAAUGGGGUACGGCAUCAGCUUUGUUAUGCUUGGGCAACAGGGCGGCAUCGCCUUUGGCUUGGCUAUUGCUGGGGCGGUGUUCGUCAACGAUGCCAUCGCAAAUCUCAUGGUGGCACUUCCCGGCGUCCCACGAAACACAUUGCAAUUGGCCCUGUCAGGGCAUAGCGGAGAGUACUUCCAGUCGCUGUCAGAAGAGUCGAGAAUUGCCGCAAUCCAAGCCAUCGUAUUGGCUUUGCAAAAGGUGUUCAUUCCUGUGUAUGUAGGAGGCGCUGUUGGCUUGAUUCUUUCAGUAUGUUUCACUAAACGGAAGAUGUCGAAAGAUGUGAUUGCCAUUGCUGCUUAG